UUAAUCCUAGUUUCACAAAUUGUGAUACUAUAUUUAUCAGAUAAACUUAAUAAUAGUUUAGACUUGUAAACCGUAGUUUACAAUCGUGAAACCGUAUUUAUCAGAUAUAAACUAUGUUUUGCAAUCGCUAAUGAUUGUUUUCAUUGUUAAUUAUAGUUUACGCUUGUGAAACAGAUUAUCUGUUAACUAUGGUUUACAGAUGUGAAAUAUAGAUUAACGUCGUUAACUAUAGUCUACGGUCCGUAAACUAUAGUUUACAGUCGAUAAACCUAGUUUAUCAACUGUGAAACUAUGUUUAGCUCAUUUUUGUGAAUUUGGCGUGCCAUAUGUAUGAGGCGUAUUUUGUAGCAGAAUUUCAAGAUAUCUUUUUUUUUCAAUAUGCCACAAGUAACAAUAUAUGACAUUUUAAAAAGAGAAACGGUUAAAAGGAAUAAACAAAACAAACUCAUCCACCUACCCACCUACAAAAAUACCACCACCACCACCAAAAAAAAAAAAAAAAAAAAGAAAAAAAAAAAGAAAAGAAAAAGAAUCCCCCCAAAAAGAAAUCGGCUUUCAAUCGUACUAGAUUUACCGCUUGCCAGGUAUGACACAGGGUCGUUUCGCCUCCAUAUCGAUUCAUAUACAGGUUUACAAACCUUUUAUAAAGCUUCCUCGAAUUCUUUAUAUAACAGUUAGGUUUGUUCUUUUGAAAAAUAACACAUACAUAGUGUUCAGUAAAAAGCGGAUGUUUAAUGAAAUGCAUUUGCACCAACAUUGACGACAAAUUACACGGAUACGAAAUACAACGCAGACGAAACGACAUCCUCGUUCUAAUAUCGCAUUCAAUUCAAUGCUUGAAAAUGUAGGAUAAAAAAAAUAGGAAAUAGAAAACGCACACAAGACUGAGAUAAAAUCGAAAACAUUCUAUUUUCAAUAUGCAGACUGAGACUGAGUCUGGUCCAUUGUUGGCAAGCGAUGAAGUUCUGGAGAAUGUUAGACGAAGGGUACAGCAGAAAAUCGCCGGGAAAUUUAUUGGUGCCAUUGGAACAGAUGAAGACAAAUCCUCUUUGAGUCAAAAUAUGGAUGAAGAAACGAGAGAGCAGUUUGAGAAAAGAUUUGGAAAAUACAGAACCAAAGAAUCCCCAUAUAGCAUUCAGAACAUUCUGUGGUUCGUCAGCUCUAUUGCUGUCUUCUACUACACCGAUUUCUACAUUGCAUGUCGCUACGACCAAAGAGUAAACAGGGUGUGGUUCAAUGUGGGAGCCAUUCUCAUACUAGUUAAUGUUUCCAUUGCGGCUUUCCUUAUUGUAUACAUAACAUACAUAAAGAAGGUCAGCACAGAUGACUGGGAAACCCACUAUCCUGCUGCUAUUCCAAUAGCCACGGGUUCCUUUAUAAUAGGAGGGGUUUGUGUAACAGUUGGUCUGUGGCCUAUAUGGAAUAUAUUCACCCCUGUCAUCCUGUUUACCUUAUUUAUGGGCUUGAUUGUAACACUAGCUAUGUUACCAAACUUUUAGGAGGUCAGCAAGAAAUAGAAGAGGGUGAAACAUCGUAGGAAAAAACGAUGUUAUCGUACUCUUAAAAAACAACGUUAUGGUACUCUUGCAUUGAUGUUGAUGAAGGUUAUUUAUGUAAUUUACUGUUUAUGUACCCUUUUCCUUGCAGCUUUUAUCUUUUUUGUUCCAUACUUAAAUUCCAUGGAUUUGUGUGCAAUUUUAUUAUAUUCCUUUACAUUAACUUUAUUUCACUUGUAUGAUAGUGGGUGGAUUUUUAUAGUCACAAAUAAGGUGAAAAUGUAAACCGCGGGGGAAAUAGUACACUUGCUAUACAGUAGUUUUAUGUCGGAUAGAAAGUAUUUUGUGUAAUAAUUCAUUGUAGUUUUUAUGUACCAAGCAAUUGAAUGGUUAUCUUUUGCAUUCAGGUUCCUUUUCAUUCAUUUGAGCUCACCUGAGUCAAAGCUGGCUUGAGUGAGUUUUAUGAUCAAAUUUUGUCUAUUUUCUUCCUCUCUGUACUUUUCAAUUUGUUUUCCAAAACCACUGGAACAAUUUCAAUCCAAACUUGUCACAAUGCAUCCCAGUUAAAAGUCUCUGAGGAGAUGAAUGAUAAUAAAAUUGCUAGGAAUAAAAACAAGAUGUGUUUGUGAAACACUGAGUCCUCGGUAGCAACAAUGAAACACUCGAAGGUCACAAGGUCAAUACUUUGGCAACAAAAGAAAGAUCUUGUCACAAGGAUUGUACAUAUGAAAUAAGAGAGUCCUAUCACUCACCAUUCAAAAGUUAUGAGCAGAGUUAAAGUUUCAGACAGACAGACAGGACAAAACAAUAAUCUUUUAAUACGGGGACAUAAAAUAAAAGAUAAAAUGAGGUCAGCUUAUCAGACAUGACCAAACUUAAGCAGGAGUUAAAACAUAUCAGUAUAAGUCAUUUUGUGUUAUCCUUGGUGACAGUCCCAAAUACUAGUAACUGUAGUUCCAACCUGGACCAGACUUGCUUGGAAGUUACCGGUACAUCUAGGGGAUAUUAACACCACUGUGCUUGCUUCAGAUGUUGAGUGUGACAUACAACUUUCUGAAUGAUUGACAGGUUAAAAAUUAAGAACAUGCUAAUAUUUUAGAUCUUGGCUUCAUUUAGUAGAUAUGAGACCUACCUAGAACAAGGUAUUUAAUAUGGCACAUUUAGGACUGCAGAUGGCCAGACUUGUUCUGUAGGUCUGACCUCAGCACCCUUCCUUUUAUUUCAUUAUUUCAAAGUAAAUGUACUUCAUACUUGGACCAAAUUAAUAUAUAUUGUUAUAUAUAGAUGAAUAAUGUAAUGAUAUCAAUAGUAUUGUAAUAUAUAUUUAUAAAUUAUUCGAUAAUAUCAUUUUACAUAUCUACCUGAUGUAUUGGUAUCAUAACAUCAUUAAAUUUAUAUAAAUAGGAGAAUGGCAUUUGAUUGGAUAUUUUUUUAAUGAUUUAAGUCCCUUAUUUGUCGCGGAGGUGAGCUGUGUUAGCUUUGUCCACCUUACGUUUUGAUAGUGUUUGUGAUACUAUUCUGAUUGUUACUCUAUGUUGCUGCAGAUUGUUGCACUAGUGGUUCAUAUAGCACCAAAACUCAUCCAUCAUCUGCCAAUGCAACUGCGUUGAAGAGCAUCAGACUUGCGGUGAUAUUGUGUUCCUUACACCAAGUUUUCUCGCUGAAGUUUCUGUUCACAAGUGAAAAUCAGAUAGUGGCUGUUGUUUAUUUUGUUAUAACUCUCAGUAUAUGAAUUAUCAUCUCAUGAUAAAAAGCUUCUUGUUAUUGAUUGUUUUACGUCCCGUCAAGAAUUUUCACCCAUAUUGAGACGUCACCAUUGUAGAUGAAGUACCAAAAAUUUAGACGCUAUGCUUAGUGGUCAUGGCCUUACAGUGAGAGUUCUUUCAUGUGGCAACACCUGCCAUGACAGGGACCUCAGUUUUUAAAGUCAUAUCAAAAAGCCCCAUGAUUCUCACUUUUUAAAUGCCAAGCAGCAAUUACUACCAAUGUUAACGUCUUAGGUUUGACGCUGCCAUUGCACAAGUGGGGCUCGAACGCCCGACCUCCCAGUUACGAAGCGAACACUCUACCGCUGAGCUACCGUGACCAGAACAAGAUAACUAACUCAUUAUAAUGAGAUAGUUAACGUGGUAUAAUGAGUAAAUUGUAAAAGAUUAAUCUUAGGGGUACUCUGCAGUUGCAUUGACGGAGAUGGCUGAGAAUUGUGAUACACCCCUCCCCCUUGCAUUUAAAAAAAGAAUCCUCCAGCAUACUUUGUAAUGACCACAGAGUGCAAAAGAUUAAUCCUCCCGCAUACUUUGUAAUGACCACAGAGUGCAAAAAAUUAAUCCUCCUGCAUACUUUGUAAUGACCACAGAGUGCAAAAUAUUAGAGAAAGUAGUCAGGUUGCUCUUUUAUUGAAAAAGUCUUGAAGAGCUGACCAUUGAAGGGGUGGAGUCACAAAGUGCAACAAUCAGGGCUGUAGAAAAGUCAUUCAUGUGACUGAGUUUAAAUUAUGCUACAUACUAGUAUGUGGAAUCUGAAAAGAUGUUAUUUAUUCAAGAAAAAAUCCUUUGAAUUGGGGCAUUUUUCUUGUCAUGUUGCCAGCAUUGCAAUCCAUUGGAGCUCAGCUCCUAUUUUACUCCGUUUUCAGCCUGUAUAAACAUGUCUUAAUGGCUAAUUGUUAUGUACAGUAAAACAUGGUUACAGCAAACAUGCUUAUAAUGAAUUCACAGUUACAGCGAAUUGAUUUUCAUUCCUAAUUUAAAACAUAUUAUGAACUUAUCGGAUAUAACGAAUAAAAAUUGUUUGUCCCCAGCACUUGUCUAAAUUGUGUUUUACUGUAGAACAGCAUUAGCCUAUCAGUCUUUUUUAAGAGAUUGACUGUAUUUUCAGGAUUUUAUCAGUAUGUUGUCUAUUUUUCUUCCGACUCAAUUUUAUUUUUCUCCAAAGUAUAUUGAUGCUAAUCUGUGAUGGAAUCAUACUUAAGGCAGUGUAAUGCUAUAUAAGAGAACUUCCGAUUGUAAUCCAGGUUUACAUGUAAGUUGUACAGCAUUUGCCACUUUGCAACUCAAUUCAUUGCAUUUUUGAUGCCAAACAUUUGUUAUAUUUUGUAGUUAUGCUCAGUCCCAUUUCCCAUUAUUUUCUCCUUUUAUAGAAGUGCUUCAUGUAUAAUAUUUUCCUGGAUAUGAUAUAAAUUGUUACUUACAUAACUGACUGUUACUAGUAUGUAUACCGACAUUGUAAUUUUUAAUGCCCCCGCCAUGUCCUUAGUCUUAAAUUGUUGCUCCUCUCCAUUUACCAGUCCUUUUCAUUAGUCCAUCAUAGUUUUAGUCUUUUGAAUUACUUUCAGAAGAACUAUAAUAGUCCAUGGACAAUGAAAUUUCACAGAUUCAUGCAGCACGUGGGCCUUUUACUUCUCGUUAUGCUUGCAGAUGUUGAGCUGAUUUUUUAAUGUGUAGUUGCAUACUGAAGAAGUGCAGGUCUUCUUCAUUUCCCUAGACUUCAUAGUUUUCUUUUGAGAAAUAAAAAGGAGAUAGGUCUGCUGCUCUUGCAGAUGCAUAGAUAUACCAUAUGAGUGGAAUUUUUAGCGAGACACAAAUUUAACGAUUUGUCCAUGAAUUAUGGGUAUAUAUAUUUAGCGAGAGCUAAUUCUAACGACUUUAUAAUUCCAAGAAAAAUAACUAUUACCUCCGGUAUGGAGUGAAUAUUAGCGAUAUUCAAUUUUAGCAAUCUCAACACCCUCGCUAAUAAUGCCAAAAUUUAAAUCCCCACUAAGAAUUCUGCUUAUACGGUACCUGGUAUUUAGCUGAUUUUUUGCUAUGUUUUGUAUAGUGAAUUCAAAUGACUUAUUCUCAGCAGGAUUAAAGUCCAUGAACUUUACAAAUUUCUGACAAGCAAAAUGUUGGUCUGAUUAACAAUGUAAAUCGAGUUCCAGAUCAAACUCAUUUUUUAUUCCAGUUGACAUUGUACUCUAUUGGCUGUACACAUUUUUAUUUGGUUACUGGCAGGGGCAUUGGUGUUGUAUUUACACAUCUAGUUUUAUUUGAAAUAGCAGAAAUGUUGUUGGGCUGGAAGUUGCUGUCAAUGGAAAUGGUGAUUUUAGGAUCCAUAGAGGCAAAAGCACAGUAUAUACCUUUCAAAACAUGCACACUUCUUAAUCCAAAUUAUUACCUUUUUAAAUUAAAUUUCUGGGAUGUGUAUGUCGAAAAGAAAAGAAUUCAGUAAUGUUGACCAUUAGAUACAGAUAUUUUGUACUUUGAUGUUAAAAAAAGCUCCAGGGCAUUGUACUUCUCUGACGUCUCUCCAUACCAUAACUUACAAUCAACUAAUGAAGAGCAAUAAACCCAGUUUAGCACAAUGAGGUGGAGAAUCCCUUUUGACUUACCAAAUCAAAGCUUGACCUUAUUUACAUUGUACAUGGUAUACAAAAACACUAUUCUAACUUUUUUCAUUAGCCCAAUUGAACUGAAAGCUCAUAUGAAAUUUUCAAUCAAAAUUGGUCAGUCUUGAUGUCUUUCUAUAACCAACAUUUUUUCGCAUUUUGAACAUCUUGUUAAGAACUUUGGACAUCCUUGGGUAAAGGGAUUCUAGAUUAUUUCCAAGUGAGGGAUAGUAUUUUCUCGCAGAGGAAAAUAAAUUCUAGUUUAUAUUCAUGUGAAGGACCAUAUUUCUCUCAAGGGCAGAUAAUUAAAAAAUAGAUUCUUGUUUAUUUCCAUGUAAAGGACCAUAUUUUCUCUCAAGAACAGAUAAUCAGAAAAUAGAUUCUUGUAUAUUUCCAUGUAAAGGACCAUAUUUUCUCUCAAGGACAGAUAAUUAGAAUAUAGGACAAGUCAUGCGGAAUCCUCUGAAGACCUACUUGAUCAGAACUGACAAAACUUUUGUAUAAUCGUUCCUAUGUAGUGUUGGGUCAAAUUUUGGCUAACAGGGGUUGGAAUGAGUUGGCAGUAAUAUACUGUUAUAAGCAUUCUUAUUUAAUGCAUAUUUGAAUGUAUUCAAAUUAUUUCUCCUGAGGCAAAAUAACCUGUCUAUAAUGAAGCAGCUUCAGUUGACCGUCAGGGUGAUAUGGUUGUGUUGCUCAGUGGUUAGAGACUCAGAAAGCAUCAGUUUGAGCCCCACUCAAACUUGUGGCUUAAAAUAAGUACAUAGUGAAUAAGUACAUAGUUAGUGCUCUUUUUCCCCAAACAUUUAGCAUUCCGAAAUCAGAGUUGCGAAUCUUUCAUAUGAAAGCUUUAGAAUGAGGUCAUGGUAGGCAUUGGCACAAUAAAGAGGCCUCGCUGCUGUGGCACCAUGCCUAGGUCUAAAUUUGUGGCAUUUUGCCUACAGCUGAGAGCAUCUCUUGAUGAGUGAGAAAUUCUAGAAGGGACAUAAAACAGAAAUUGCUGUAAACUCUUUUAGCUUACAUUUUUAGAUGAGUAGACUGCCAUUGACAAAAUUUUUAGAAAAUUUAUAUUUCCUGUUGUGUGGUAUAAAGUUUUCAUAUUGCUCUGUGAAUUUUGACAAAUAAUGGCUUCAUGCAAUGUUUACCAAGAAAUGUCAUUAUUAACAGUAUUUGACAUUUAGGAUAUUCACACAAAUUGUCUUUUAUUAUGCAUUUAAUGUUGAGUUGCGUAAGUUUGAAUGAUAAUUAGUAUGAUGAUUAGUAUUUUUGAAAAAUCUCCUGACUCAUUUUUGUUUGUGGCAAAACCUUAAAGUUCAUAUCAAGGAUGUAGUGAUUUAACAUCACCAUUGAUCAAUAGCAAAGUAUGGGUUUUUUAUGGAUAGACUACCUUAACAAAGCUUUAAUCAGCCAUCAGACUAUAAAACGCUUGUUGUACAGAUUCAAGUUGAUUUGAAUUAUGGCCUUCAGAGAGAGAAGAAGCAUAAUGUAUUGGUCUGAAGAUUUCAUGCAGGAAUUAAAGAAUCCCGUACAAUUCCCAAUACAAACAAAUCUACUGAAGGUUUUGUUAAUAUGUAAUCGUAAUGAGACAGGGAACAGUGUUGUACUAUAGCUGGUCUUUCUCUUUAAAGUGUAGGGCCAUUAUUAAGAAUUCAAUGAGAGGUCAAGGUCACUGAAGGAAAUUCAGAAAGUUUUUUAUAUAAAAUUUUAGCAACAUUUUUAAUCCAAAUUUUGUAAAUUUGAUAAUGUGUAAUAUUGAAAUACUGAUUUAAACUUCUCAUGUGUAAUUUUAUGAAACUAUACAACUUUAAUAUAUAAAAACCAGUUCUAAGCUGGGCAUAUUUCAGAUAUAUCAAGCCUAAAUUCUUUAUGAAUUGAGAUGAAAAAAAUUGUAGAAUUGUCCUAAUGAUAGAUUUCUAACUAUGGAGGAAUGUAGUGAAUGCUUCUAGGAGAAGACAGAGCUGGGGGUAGUGUGUUACAGCAGGUUACUAGUGGGCUGACUAUAGUGAUGUGAAAUGUAGUUACAUGUAAUACUAGUAUUCUGUGGCAGCUGUGGUUUCUACCAGUAUGCAUCGAUAGCAACUUUCAGCAGUAUUGUAAUAUCUGUGAUAUAUCUUGUCUAGAACAAAAACAUCUGUUUUCAAAAUAGUAUAGAUAAGUCAUAUUUUUUUGUGUAAUAUUUUUUGUACUUUAAAAUAAAUUAUUUUAAUAAAUUCUUUCCAAAAAAGAAA